AUGGCCCAUUUGCUCGCUAAUAGGGACCCGGAAGCUUUCAACAGUCUAAUGCGAACCUCAGACAGGCAAGACGAAGACUCCUUACCCAAGCUGGUGAAAAUGGCCUGGAAUAUCGGAAUUUUGGACCGCGAGAGUCAGAGUGCCGCAAAUGCUCUGAGAUGUGCGGUGGGGCUGAAGGAAAUGUCUGUAAUCAGUCUGCUUCUAGAAUAUGGCGUUCCACCUCGGCUUUUCGAACGCAGAAAAGACUGGCUUGACCUGAUGAACGACGAGACUGGGAUUUUCAUCGAGUUGGCAGAGAUGAAAAAUCCCCAACUAGAUCAACGUGGAACAAAGAUUUACAAGCUUGGUCCUGUUGAUAUUGCGGAAUCCGAUCUUCUACGUUCGAUGAGAUUUUAUCGAUCCUGUAAGAUCUGGGAGGAUCAAGAUCCACUAGCGAACAACAAAUACGGCAAAUCUAAGGUGACUCCUGGUGGACAGGUCUUCUAUAGCAGCACACUUUCAUCUGGCCAAAUCCCUAAGAGCGACGAUGCUUUUAUACUGGAGCUCAUUUCGGACAUGGAUUUUGAAUGGUCCCUUAUUCUCACCAAUGUUGAGGAACGAUUUAGCGCAUCUUUGGCCACGCAAAACAUUAACAGGAGUGACCUGAUCAACUACCUUAUUUCCGAAGGGAAUUUUUUCGCCGCUGUUCGGCAGGCUCUGCAUCAGCAAGUGAAAAUUAUCUUCGAAUUCAUUGAUCAAUAUCUUGACGAGAGGCGCAACUCCAUCCUGAUGUCCGACGAAGGGGAUCCUGAAAACUGUCAUCUAGAGAUCAAACCAGCUGCCCGAUUAUUUGAACAGACUAUCGGUGACAAACUGGAAAAGCUAAGGACAUUAUGA